AUGUUUGGCGAGAUCGAUUAUUCUUCAUCCAAUCCUCAUGGAUCAUCAUCACAUCGUUUAUCUCGUGUUCUACCCGGUGUAUCAUCGUCUGAUAUUCAACAUUAUUCACAAACUUCUUCAAAUUUUAAUUGGAAAUAUUAUUCAUUUGAAUUUCUUCUUAAUAAUUUUAAUAUCAUGCCUAUUAACGAUACAACAUUUCUUAAUUCAACUAUAUCAAAUUAUACUUCAAAUUUGGAAGAAAAAACUCCACCUGAAGAUGAAGUCUCAGAUUAUUUUCUUUAUCUUAUUAUCCCACUUUAUUCACUUGUUUUUGUAAUUGGUACAAUCGGAAAUAUUUUAGUUAUAUUAACUGUUGUUACAGUUAAACAAAUGCGUAAUACAACAAAUGCACUUAUUUUACAUUUAGCUAUUGCAAAUUUAUCAUUUGUACUUAUGUGUAUACCACAUACAAUAUAUAUUUAUGUUGUUCAUUCAUAUUAUUUUCCAAGUCUUUUAUGUAAAUUAGCAAAUACAUUGAUGUAUUUAAGUGCAUAUGUUAGUAUUUAUAUUCUUGUGUUAAUGUCAGUUGAUCGAUUUCUUGGUGUUGUUUUUGCUGUUAAAUCAAGUAAAUAUCGUACUCAACGAAAUGCACAUUUGGCUGUCAUUGUUGUUUGGUUAAUUGGUAUCAUUUUUUCUUCACCGAAUAUGUUUUAUUAUGAUGUAUUACUUAAUGAUGAAAGUGCUGAUUUUUGGGUAUGUUUAUUUCGUGAUGAUAAACCUUUUCUAAAGACUCUUCGACGUGUAACUGCUUAUUUUUUUGCUUUAUUUGGUUUAAUUGUUCCAUUAAUUAUAAUUGUUAUACUCUAUGGCCUUAUUAUAAAUGUUCUACGUAAAAAUGCUAAAGGUCAACAAGUAGCAAAAGGAAAAAAACGUGUAACAAAAAUGGUUUCAGCUGUUAUAUCAUCAUUUAUUAUAUGUUGGACACCAAUGCAACUUUAUUUAUUAGGUACACAUCAUAAUCAAGUAUCAUUUCUAUUUGCUAUUGUUGCUCAAACUCUUGUUUAUAUAUCAGCAUGUGUUAAUCCCAUAUUAUAUGCAUUUUUAUCUGAACCAUUUCGUAAAGCAUUUCAAGAAUUUUUAACAUGUGGAAAAUUUCUCUCAAAUCAUAAAAAUGGUAAUAAUACAGUUGGAGGAGAUGGUGGUGGUAGAAAACAUGCAACGUAUAAUGCUAUACAACGACAACAACCCAAACGUGGUUUACCAUUAAAAUCAAAUCUACAUAAUGAUCGUCAAAAAAUAACUGAAACGAAUUCAGCAGCUAUAACAUCGGAAGCAAUUGAAAAUGAUCGUUUACUUCAUACAAAUACGACUAAUAUAAAUUAA